ACUGCGGGAUUGUGUUGUAUAAAAGCGCCCCCUAGGUUCCAUAAAAAUAGCAAAAUAACUAAAUACAGCAAGAGUACCGAGACUUAAAUGAUAAGAAGAUGGAUCGCUUGGAAUGGAGUGACGGAUCUCUAAUUGGCGGAGAGACGUUAGUAGAGCAACAGACAGGCGUUUGUCUUUACGACGGACAUGACAAGACAUCCUUUGAAUAUGGUGUGCUGUCGUUGACAACCCACAGACUUCUAUGGAGAGACCACCGAAACAGAAACUGUGUGGUUGCACUACCCCUUGCUCUCGUGGUCUAUCUGGAAGAACAGGCUUCAGGCUUUGCCAAAAGUGCGAAGAUCAUCGUCCAUCUGAGCCAGACCCCUCCCAACAAGCCAUCUGGCCCCACCUCCCAUAGCCCACACAGCUUCAUCAGGUUGUCCUUCAGGGAGGCAGGCCAGAAGGAGUUCUUCCGGCGUUUCCAAACUGAGUUGGAACAGAAGAGAUGGGAACAGAAAGUGCAAUCUGCGGCACCCCAUCCAUCGCUGCCUCGUCACCGCCCCGGCAUCGUCGGCAUCGAGAGAUCCAUACAGAAGAAGCACCAUGAAACAAACAAAAACAUAUCCGUGGCAUUCGAGGAUCUCAGUAAACUCAUUGAAAAGGCUAAAGAGAUGGUUCAUUUGUCAAGAACAAUAGCCACGAAGAUCAAGGACAAGCAAGGGGACAUAACUGAAGAUGAAACGGUGAAGUUCAAGUCGUAUCUGCUAAGUAUGGGCAUUCCGAACCCUGUGACGAGAGAGACACAUGGGACAGGGGACAAGUACUACGUAGAGCUGGCAAAACAACUUGUCUCAGUGCUGGAGAAACCUGUAGAGGAGGCUGGUGGGAUGAUGACCUUGACUGAUGUCUACUGUCGUGUGAACAGAGCCAGAGGAAUGGAGCUGCUGUCCCCGGAGGACCUGCUGCAUGCCUGUGAACUGAUGGAACUCCUCAGGCUGCCUGUCAGACUGCGGACAUUUGACAGUGGUGUGAUGGUGUUGCAGUCUAAAAGUCAGAAUGAAGAGGAGGUUAUCACAAAGACAAGCUCUCUGGUUGAAGAAAAGGGCUCCCUGACAGCUGAGGAUCUGGCUAAAGUGGUGGGCGUCUCCGUGAUACUAGCUAAAGAAAGAUUAUUACUUACUGAAAAGGUUGGAGGAAUAUGUCGAGACGAAACUGUAGAGGGACUGAAGUUUUUUCCUAAUUUAUUCCUCACACAGCCUGUGUGACCGUGUUCAUCAUACUGGUGAUGUAAAUAUUCUGUAUGGUGUUAGUAUUUGGUCAGAAGUUGAUAUGAUGUUGCUUCAAAAAACACGCUGAAGUGGUCAAGUUGUUUCUGUUGAUUUAGAACAAAAUGCAACCCUUGAUUUGGACUGGAACUAAUGUUUCUCCCUGGUCGAACUAGUCAACAAAUAUCCUUUAUUAUCACCCUAGGCAUACCCGGUAACAGUAUUUGUGGCUUCUGGAAGAUGUUGGUGAUAAUUGUCCUGAUUGUUUGGUGACGCUCAGGGCCACAAGUUAUCAUUUAUUCACGGUUCAUGCCCAAUUAUUUCCGGCUCAUUAGGAUUCAAAUCCUGCUCACGUUCGAUGAUUCUGGACAGGAAAGGAAAUUUUAUGAAACUGAAAGUGAAAACCAAACUGAACAUCUAAACAUUGAUAAUAGAAACAGCCACACAAAUUCCAAACAAGAGGAAGUCCUCAUACAGGGUUUGCAUUGUAUUGAUCAAAACUAGCUAUGCAUGCAAUUGAAUCAAACAGUUAAUUAUAAAGACCACAAGAAACUGAGUGUGCACACAUUUGGUUUGUUGCGGUCGCCAAUAAAAAUUUGACGGUU